AGUAACAGACUGAAGGAUGUUUUUCAUCGACGUUUAGUUUUGGACAGGGCUGAGGAUGAAAAGAGUGAUAGAAAUUCACAAUAUGGAAGGAGAGGCGAAGAGAUGGAGAAGAGGAUCUCCAGAACCCAGCAAUGUGUCACUGAGCAGUCUUCUCCUUCCACAGCCUGACUUCAGUGAUGGCUCAUUGCCUUCUGACCCCAGUAUGGAGAGAGAUGCUCAGUCCAAAUCCAGUCCUGCUGGUUCUCCUCCCCGCAGCACUGUUGAUUUGCUCAAGGAGAGACACAAAACAAGCAUGAAGAGCAAGUAUGAGUGCUUAUUUGAGGGAAUUCAAUUACAAGAGAAUAAAACCUUCCUGAACAGCAUUUACACACAGCUCUACAUCAGAGAGGGAGAGAGUGAAAGGGUGAAUGAAGAACAUGAGAUCUUACAGAAGGAUUUGCAAAAUUACAAGAUGCUCCAAGAGACUCCAAUUGACUGCAACGACAUCUUUAAACUUCUGCCAGGAUGUGAAAAGCAGAAAAAAGUCCAAAUCAAGACUGUUCUUACUAGCGGCAUCGCUGGAAUUGGAAAAUCAGUCUGUGUGCAGAAGUUCAUUUUGGACUGGGCUGAGGGAAAAGCCAAUCAGGAUGUAGAUCUCAUGUUUGUGCUUUCAUUUCGAGAGCUGAACUUGUUUAAAGAUCACCAGUACAGUCUUCACAAACUUCUGGUGGAAUUUUAUCCUGAACUUCAAGAUCUGGACUCAAAGAUUCUUGAGGAGUGUAAAGUUGUGUUUAUCUUUGAUGGUCUGGAUGAAAGCAGAAUUACACUGAUGUUUUCAGAAAAUGAGAGCGUUUCUGAUGUGAAUGAGUCUUCAUCAGUUGGUGCGUUGAUGUCUAAUCUCAUCAGAGGAGAGCUGCUUCCCAAUGCUCUCAUCUGGAUCACCUCCAGACCAGCAGCAACCAGUCUGAUCCCCUCCAAAUACAUCAACCGUCUGACAGAAAUUGAAGGAUUCAAUGAAUCUCAGAAGGAGGAAUAUUUCAGAAAGAGAAUCACUGAUGAGCAUCAAGCCAGCAGAAUCAUCUCACACAUUAAAAGAUUAAGAAGCCUCCACAUCAUGUGUCACAUACCCGUCUUCUGCUGGAUCUCAUCCACUGUCCUUCAAAACAUCCUGAAACAAAAUAACAGUGCAGAAAUCCCUAAAACUCUGACUGAGAUGUACAUCCACUUCCUGCUCACUCAGAUGAACAUGAGUUAUCAGAAGUAUGAAGAGAGAUCCAGUGGGAGAAAUCCAGAGGAGCUCCUGCAGUUCAACAAAGACAAGAUUGUGAAACUUGCUGGACUGGCUUUCAAGCAGCUAAAGAAGGGCAAUGUGUUGUUCUAUGAGGAGGACCUGAGAGAGAGCGGCAUAGAUGCCACUGACAUCCCAGUGUAUUCUGGGAUUUGCACCGAGAUCUUUAAGGAGGAAUCUGUGAUUCAUCAGAGGAAAAUCUACUGCUUUAUACAUCUGAGUUUUCAGGAGUUUCUUGCUGCGUUUUAUGUUUUCUACAGCUUUAUAAAUGACACUUCAGAUGCUGUGAAAGUGUUUGAUUUGCUUCCAAAUUUUCAGAAAGGAGCGAUAGAUGUGGUUCUUCGGACUGAGAAUGGACACCUGGAUCUUUUCUUGCGGUUCCUGCUGGGCAUCUCGCUGGAGUCCAAUCAGAGUCUCCUACAGGGUCUGCUGACAAACACAGAGAAGAGCUCUGAGAGCAUCAGGACAACAGCAGCUUACAUUAAAGACAAAAUCAAACAGGAACAAGGUCUCUCGGCUGACAGAUCCAUCAACCUUCUUCUCUGCUUGCUGGAGAUGAAUGAUCAGACUCUGGUUAGAGAGAUUCUGGAGUUUAUGAAAUCAGACAAAGACUCACAGAAUAAACUCUCUCCGUCUCACUGCUCAGCGAUCGCCUACAUGCUCCAGAUGUCAGACGAAGCUCUAGAGGAGCUGGACCUCAAGAAAUACAACACAUCAGAUGAGGGCAGAAGGAGACUGGUACCGGCUGUGAUGAACUGCAGAAAAGCAAAUCUUGCCUGCUGUAAUCUCACAGAUCAGUGCUGUGAAAUCGUGGUGUCAGCUUUACAAUCAUCAAACUCGCCCCUCAGAGAGCUGGACCUGAGUAACAAUGACCUGCAGGAUGCUGGUGUGAAGCUCAUUUGUGCUGGUCUGAAGAGUCCAAACUGUGGGCUGGAGAUACUGAGUCUUGCCUGCUGUAAUCUCACAGAUCAGUGCUGUGAAAUCGUGGUGUCAGCUUUACAAUCAUCAAACUCGCCCCUCAGAGAGCUGGACCUGAGUAACAAUGACCUGCAGGAUGCUGGUGUGAAGCUCAUUUGUGCUGGUCUGAAGAGUCCAAACUGUGGGCUGGAGAUACUGAGGUUAUCUGGUUGUAUGGUGACAGAGGAAGGCUGUUGUAAUCUGGCUUCAGCUCUCAAUUCAGACACUUCACACCUGAGAGUGCUGGAUCUGAGCUACAAUCACCCAGGAGAAGCAGGAGUCGAGAUGUUUUCUGCUUUGUUAGAAAAUCCAGACUGCAAACUGGAGAAACUCAAUUCAGACCAUUUUGGAGAUUUCAGGAUCAAACCAGGACUACAAAAAUAUGCCUGUGAUCUUACGCUGGAUCCAAACACUGCAUACCCUCAUCUCGCUCUGUCUGAGGGGAACAGAAAGGCAACACAUGUGGAAGAAGAGCAGCCAUAUCCUGAUCAUCCAGACAGAUUUGAACACCAGGAGCAGGUUCUGUGUAGAGAAACUCUGUCUGAACGCUGUUACUGGGAGGUUGAAUGGAGUGGGGGGGCUUAUGCUGCAGUGACAUAUAAAGAAAAUAAAGGGAAAAAAAGAGGGAAUGACUGUAGAUUUGGGUGGAAUGAUAAGUCCUGGAGUCUUUUCUGUACCCCUGAUGGAUAUAGCGCCUGGCACGAUAACAAGAAAACAGAUGCCAAUUUCCCAUCAAAACCCUCAAACAGAGUAGCAGUGUAUCUGGACAGGCUGGCCGGCACUGUGUCCUUUUACGACGUCUCUGACAUACAUACUCUCGCACAUAUAUAUACAUUUAAAACCAAGUUCACUGAACCACUCUACGCUGGGUUUGCAGUUUAUGGUUCAGUGUUUCUAUAUCAGCGUGAACAGCCUCCUAUCAUUACCAAAAGUAACUAACUAAUUUAGUAAUUGCAAUUUAAUGUAACUGUAGCAAAAGUUUAUUUUCUUGUAUAUUCAGAUUAUGAGAGCAGUUAAUCUAGAUGACUGUUUGUCAGUGGGCAAAAAAUGGCUAUGCUUUAAAAUUGUUUAUUGUAUGUAUAUAUGUAUAUGUGUGUGUAUUUGUAUAUAUAUAUAUGAUAUGUAAUGAGCCAGAGUUAGGUUUUCCCCAAAUAUCAGCGUGAUAUCUAAAUGAGGGCAUCACAUGAAAUAUGGUGGAAUACAUAUCCCACCUUCUAAAUAAAAGAGCAAAUCAUGAAUUGAAGUCACUGGCUGCAUCCGAAAUCGCAUACUCUCUUGAGUAGGUACACACAACAGCAAAAAGAGUAGGAAUGUGUGUAGUAGUGUCAAUGUAAUCUGGACCUACUACAUUUGCCAUGUUGUCAUUGUCACAUGACAUCUUCUCCCGUGGCCUCAUGGGAUAGUAAAGCAUCCAUUGUAUGCACACUUCAGAAUCACGUCGGAAGUAGAAGGUGAUCUGGGUCAUUUUUGCCUACAUACUUCUUUUGUCACAUACUGUUUUUCGUCUACUAUACAGUAGGGGAGUAUGCAAAUACAGAUGCAGCCACUGACUAGAAACUCCUGUUGCCAUAGAAACAGUCAGUGUCCUGAGAUGCCCGUUUAGGACUACACUUGCACAUUGGCUGGACCAUCCCGAAAUAUAAGCUUUUUUUUAAAUGACAUUUGAGCACAAGAAACAAUUUAUGGGACAGUUAUUUUCAGAUUUUGCUGCUGAAGUAUGUUAUUUAAAUUUGACAUUAUUUAAAAACAUUUAAAAUAUUUUAU